UAGAGAGCGCCACUGUAACUUUAUUGUAGUUAAUGGUAGUUAAGUUCUUGUCACUUGAAUGACUGGAAGGAGUUUUGAGAAAUGAUAUUAGUUUCCUUUAAAUUGGAUCUUUCUUUGCUUAACACGGCAAGAGAAUAGUAUCUAAAAUGAUGUAUUACUAUUGUCAAUGUAAGGAGUUGGUGGGGAGGUCAAUUGCAGUGUUGUUAAUAUCGAACUUUUGAGAAGAACAGCCAAGGCCCGAAAACUCAUCUUAAUAAUGUUGGGGCGUAAGCAAAGUCUCAAGGGUGAGCAACUACUUGCAGACUAUGGCCCCGAUGAAUGCCUCAACGAAAGUGCUGAUAUAGAAUGGGUCAACAAGAUCUGGGUACGGCGGCUGAUGAGGGCCUGUGCCCUGCUCAGCCUGAUCUCUGUCAGUCUCAAUACCCCAAAGACAUUCGAGCGCCACCCCCCUCUUCAAUUUGUCACAUUUGUGACAGAUCUUAUUGUUUCCUUCCUUUACACAGCUGAAAUGGUGGCCAAGAUGCACAUUCGUGGUAUUAUGAAGGGGGACAGCCCAUAUUUGAAAGACCAUUGGUGUCAAUUUGAUGCAAGUAUGGUUUUCUUUCUCUGGGUGUCAGUUAUUCUUCACACUUUUGAAAUGCUGGGUAUUGUUCCCCGCUUUAGUUAUCUUUCUAUUUUAAGAGCACCUAGACCUCUCAUAAUGAUACGCUUUAUACGUGUCUUCCUCAAAUUUUCCAUGCCAAAGUCUAGAAUAAACCAAAUUUUCAAACGAUCAAGCCAGCAGAUUUACAAUGUCACAUUGUUUUUCUUAUUCUUCAUGUCUCUGUAUGGUCUCUUAGGAGUUCAAUUUUUCGGUGAACUCAAAAACCAUUGUGUACUAAAUGAUACAGAUCCAAGACACAUAACAAUAAACAGCUUGGCUAUACCUGACACUUUCUGUUCCACUGAUCCUGAUUCUGGCUAUCAGUGCCCAACAGGAAUGAAAUGCAUGAAAUUAGAACUUUCACGAUACACCAUGGGAUUCAAUGGCUUUGAUGAAUUUGCUACUAGUAUAUUCACUGUAUAUCAAGCUGCAUCACAGGAGGGUUGGGUUUUUAUUAUGUUUCGAGCAUGGGAUUCUUUACCUAGCUGGCGAGCUGCCUUCUACUUCUCCACCAUGAUAUUUUUCCUGGCUUGGCUGGUUAAGAAUGUAUUUAUUGCUGUCAUAACUGAAACUUUCAAUGAGAUAAGAGUACAAUUCCAACAAAUGUGGGGUGUGAGGGGUCACAUCACAAACAAAACUGCAUCUCAGAUAUUAAUGGGUGAUGAUAUGGGUUGGAAAUUGGUGACACUGGAUGAUCACAAAAAAGGAAGACUUGCUCCAGAAAUGUGUCAGAGUAUAUUGAGGUCUGCUUGGUUCAGAAUGCUUACCAUGAUUGUUAUUUUAAGUAAUGGCAUCUGUAUGGCAACCAUGAAUUUUAAACAUGAUGAGCGUCCUAGAGAGAACUUUUAUGAACAUUAUUAUUAUAUUGAGGUUUGUUUUACAAUAUUCUUGAACCUGGAAUCGUUGUUUAAGAUCUGGUGUCUAGGAUUUCCAUCUUACUUCAAGCAAUCUAUCCACAAGUUUGAGCUAUUAUUAGCGAUAGGUUCAACACUUCACAUCAUUCCACAAUUGUAUUUGUCCGCCUUUGCAUAUUUCCAGGUCUUUAGAAUUGUCAGACUAAUUACUGCCUCUCCAAUGCUAGAGGACUUUGUCUACAAAGUAUUUGGUCCAGGAAAAAAGUUGGGCAGUCUUAUCAUAUUUACCAUGUGUUUGUUAAUUAUUUCAUCAUCAAUAUCAAUGCAGCUUUUCUGCUUUCUCUGUGACUUCACAAAGUUUGAAAGCUUUCCUGAGGCUUUUAUGUCCAUGUUCCAAAUUCUUACCCAAGAAGCGUGGGUUGAAGUUAUGGAUGAAACUAUGUUACGAACAAGGGAAACACUUGCCCCUCUUGUUGCUGUCUAUUUUAUUUUGUAUCACUUGUUUGUGACACUGAUUGUGCUCAGCUUGUUCGUUGCUGUUAUCCUAGAUAAUUUAGAGCUUGAUGAAGAUAUUAAAAAGCUGAAACAGCUAAAAUUCCGAGAGCAAAGUGCAGAAAUUAAAGAAACUCUUCCAUUCCGCCUUAGAAUUUUUGAGAAGUUUCCGGACAGUCCAAAAAUGGCUUGCCUCCACAAAUUACCGUCAGACUUUAGUUUACCGAAGGUUCGUGAAAGUUUCAUGCGUCAUUUUGUAACAGAGGUUGAAGAUGAUGAAAUUGAGGGAAUGAAACGCGUCAGUGAGGCAUUUGACUCUAAAGUGGUUUAUCGUAAGCAAAAGCCAGUUCAUCUCCUCACUACUACUUUGAAAGUGCGCAGUGUUAGUGUAGAUCUACGAAAGGCAGCAAUUACCUACAUCAUCAAUGACUCCAAUAACCAACGACUAAUGCUUGGAGACUCAGCUGUCAUUGCUGUGCCAGGGAAGGGACCUCUUAAUCCACAAGGGACCAUCAGCAGUGCAAAACAGCUCAGAAUCGACCAAAAAAACAUGCGAUCCAGGUCUAUUCGCCGCAGCGUUCGCAGUGGAUCGAUCAAGCUGAAGCAGACCUACGAGCAUCUCAUGGAAAAUGGGGAUAUCGGUGCCAUGAAUCGAGUCAGUGCCACACGAGCCAGACCGCACGACCUGGACAUCAAGCUUCUUCAAGCUAAGCGACAACAAGCUGAAAUGCGAAGAACUCAAAGAGAAGAUGAUUUGAGGGAAAACCAUCCAUUUUUUGACACACCUCUAUUUGCUGUACCAAGAGAAAGUACAUUUCGUAGGAUCUGUCAACGUGCUGUCUAUGCUAGAUAUGAUGCUAGGCUUAAAGAUCCUUUGACAGGAAAGGAACGAAAAGUACAAUACAAAAGACUUCACAAUUUUCUUGGUUUGGUUACUUAUUUGGACUGGGUAAUGAUAUGUGUUACAACAUUGUCUUGCCUAUCAAUGAUGUUUGAAACUCCUAAGUAUCGAAUCAUGGAUUCUCCUGCACUUCAAGUGACUGAAUAUUGUUUUGUAUUUGGAAUGAGUGUUGAACUAGCACUAAAAAUAUUAGCAGACGGUCUCUUUUUCACACCUAAAGCUUAUAUGAAAGAUGUUGCAUCUAUUCUUGAGAUGUUUAUCUAUGUGGUUAGCCUGUCAUUCUUGUGCUGGAUGCCCCAGAGUGUUCCACCUGCUUCUGGUGCUCAGGCACUCAUGAUUCUACGAUGUGUUCGACCUUUGAGAAUAUUUAUUUUGGUACCUCACAUGCGGAAAGUAGUUGAUGAAUUGUGCAGAGGUUUCAAGGAAAUUCUUUUGGUAUCAACUCUUCUGAUUGUAUUAAUGUUUGUCUUCGCAAGCUAUGGUGUUCAAAUGUUUGGUGGGCGAUUGGCAAGGUGCAAUGACCCCACCAUUUUUCGUCGUGAGGAUUGUGUAGGAGUUUUCAUGAGACGUGUUUUUGUUACAAAAAUGAGGCUUCAUCCAGGAGACAAUGAAAGUUACCCAUCUAUGCUUGUUCCUCGAGUUUGGGCAAACCCUCGACGAUUCAACUUUGACAAUAUAGGCGAUGCAAUGUUGGCACUAUUUGAAGUUCUAUCUUUCAAGGGUUGGUUGGAUGUGCGGGAUGUGUUGAUCAAACAAUUGGGUCCAGUCUAUGCCAUUUAUAUUCACAUCUAUAUUUUCCUUGGAUGUAUGAUUGGCCUAACUCUCUUUGUUGGUGUUGUCAUUGCCAACUACUCAGAAAAUAAGGGUACAGCCCUGCUUACUGUUGACCAGAGGCGCUGGUGUGAUUUGAAAAAGAGAUUGAAAAUUGCCCAGCCUCUUCAUCUACCUCCAAGACCUGAUGGACGAAAGUUCCGAGCUUUCAUAUAUGAUAUCACCCAGGCCCUUUCCUUCAAAAGACUAAUUGCAAUUACAGUCAUCAUUAAUAGUAGCUUGCUUUGUGUUUCGUGGCGAGAAACAAAUCCAGCAACAGACUAUUUAGCCACCGUCAGUGCCGGGCUCACUUGCAUAUUCCUAGUAGAAGUUAUUAUGAAAAAUAUUGCAUUCACUCCUCGAGGAUACUGGCAAUCACGCAGAAAUCGCUAUGAUCUCCUGGUUUCUGUUCUAGGAGUCAUGUGGAUUAUGAUUUACUUUUCUAUGCAGAAUGACCUGGCUUACACUGUGGGCUACAUGGUUGUUAUCCUUCGCUUUUUCACCAUAACUGGAAAACAUGCCACUCUAAAAAUGUUAAUGCUUACUGUUGGAGUAUCAGUUUGCAAAUCAUUUUUUAUCAUUUUUGGAAUGUUCCUGCUGGUAUUUUUCUAUGCAUUGGCUGGAACAAUUCUUUUUGGGACUGUAAAAUAUGGGGAAGGAAUUGGCAGACGUGCAAAUUUUGAGUCACCAGCCACAGGAGUUGCCAUGUUAUUCCGUAUAGUUACUGGAGAGGAUUGGAAUAAAAUCAUGCAUGAUUGCAUGGUCAGCCCACCAUAUUGUACCCCUGCAGAUAACUAUUGGGAGACGGAUUGCGGCAACUUCAAAGCCUCUCUAAUUUACUUUUGUUCAUUUUAUGUAAUUAUUACCUAUAUUGUUUUAAAUCUACUUGUGGCUAUCAUCAUGGAGAAUUUUUCAUUGUUUUAUUCAAAUGAAGAGGAUGCUCUAUUGUCAUAUGCAGAUAUCCGCAAUUUCCAAAAUACUUGGAAUAUUGUUGACAUACAUCAAAGAGGGGUAAUACCAGUGAAAAGGGUUAAAUUUAUCCUGAGGCUGCUAAAAGGGCGCUUGGAGGUAGAUCCACAAAAAGACCGUCUGCUUUUUAAGCAUAUGUGUUAUGAAUUAGAGAGAUUACACAAUGGAGAGGAUGUCACUUUUCAUGAUGUAUUAAACAUGCUGUCAUAUCGGUCAGUUGACAUUCGGAAGGCUUUGCAGUUAGAAGAACUUUUAGCCAGAGAAGAGUUUGAAUAUAUAAUUGAGGAAGAAGUUGCAAAGCAAACAAUACGCACAUGGCUUGAGGGGUGUUUAAAGAAAAUUCGGGCUUCAAAUAAGCAGCAAAGCAGCUUGAUUGAUGGGCUAAGAGCAACGAAUGAAGUCCUACCUUUACCUGACCAUCAUGUAGCUGAAGACAAAAGCAAGGAAAGCAGCCUUGAUCGGGAUAGUGAAACCGAACACAAGGACUUUGAAGUGACACGUCAUCGCAGUAAAAAGUCUGUAAAUCUGCCACGCUCAGACAGUGUUGGAAGCGGGAGUGGCCGGAAGUACUUGGCACCAACUUUAUCUGAUCCAGCUGUCCGUCCUGACAAAGAUAGUCAACGCAGCAAGAAACGAAAUAAUAGAACUCAAGGAUCAACUAAAAACAACAGUUUACCACAUGUCACUGAGAGUGCAGAACCACUUAAAUGGCAGAGAGAUACGACAACUCUCCCUAAAGUUUCUUCAAUGACAACAGAGGUGCAUGAUUGGUGGCACGAACAACUUACUUACAGUAAUCAUUCAAGUGAAGAUGAACUUUAAAAUAUUAGGAAGGUAAGAGUAGCCACAUUCCUACAAGAAUUAAGAUCUCUGUCUGUUUAUUGGUAUUCAUAUUUCAUACUAAAGACCAAAAAAUUGUGCUUAACUUGUCUUCUGCCUAAGACAUUUUAAAUUUAUGGUUGUAUGCUGUUUGAUGUAUUUGAAACAAAACAUCAGAACAAUCUUGGAUACAAGUGAAGAAAACUGAUGAAAUUAUCUACUGGAGAAGAUACUUCAAAAAUUCAGGAGAGAAAGAAGAUGGAAAAGUAGGAAAAUAAUGUACUGAAUGAAAAAACAAAAUCCAAUUCUGUUCUUAAGCUGCCAAAAUAUUACGGUUGGAAGGGAACAUUUACGUAUAUCAUAAUUACUAUCUUGUUCAAACUUUUUCUUUCCUGGAUUAUGAAGUUCUGGUGAAAUGAUUUUUGAAAUAUCUCAGCAAGUAAUGUUAUUUUGAUUUGUUUUUUCAUUUUGUAAAGACGAAUAGACCUCUUACUUGGUUUGUAGGUUUGUAAUUUAUCUAUCAUCAAUUGUAGCUCACAUGACAGGUAACUUUUGUGUACUUACCUGUUCAGAGUGGCUUAGAUCAAAUUUUAAAAACCAACUAGCCAUUCAUCCCAAUGUGUGUUCAGAGUUACCAGAGUUACUGAGAAGCUCCACAUUUAAUGUGAUUCCGUUUUCUAUAUUUUAUAAAAUUUUACACAAAUUUGUUCCUGUGCCAUGAUCUAAUUUUCUGCCCCUUCUGAAGGGCUGGGUUGAACAAUAAGGGGUUUCAUUUUGUCCAUAUUUUAAGGACUAUUUUCAGUUCUGUGUGUUUGUGUGAGUGUUUGUGUAGAAAUGUCAAAAUAACAGGGGCAGGUACUCCUGAGUGCUCAUUACGGAGGGCUGAGGCAGAAUCCUGUCAGAAAAUGGUUUCUCCUAGUAUUUAUGUAGAUUAGUGGAAAUUGACUGAAUUUUAUUAAUUUUUAGGUUGUAUGUUUCUUAGUAAUUUGAUGAAGGGACAGGUUCAGGCUAUCAUGCCUAAUGUUUGUAAAUUGUGUGCAUUGUCUGUUUGGUGGAAAAAUUCUCAUGCUGUCCUGUCCUGAAGUACCUUGGCAAACCAUGCUAUGGUCUUGGUGAGAUUCUUUCCAACCUCCAGAUUUGCAAUGGUUUGUCAGGUUUGCAAAAGUCUUAAAAAAAUUUGAUGGUACUAAUUGAUUACUUCUAUGGUCUCUGAAUGAAAUUUGUUAAUUAAAUGGGAAUGUUUAAUGUUGUUUGGUCUAUGAUUAGACAUUAGAAUCUAUCAGUUACAAGUCUUGUGUUGUGUCGGCGUCGGCAAGUGUAGUUUAUGCACUAAACCAUGUGAAAUCAAAAUUUUUCAUGUUGUUGCUAUAGUAUUGUUUGAUUGCGAGUUUGUUUCAUGACAUGCAUUGAUUUUGAAUGCUUAUGAAAGUCUUUGUUAUAGGUUUCUGUUAAAUGGAAUGAUGUAUUUAGAUAUCUUACUGUUGUUAAAGGUGUUGAUUUGUAUUUUUAAUGCCGAUUCUAUGACUCUGUUGACAGUAAAAUAAAUUGAAGAGCUAGCGUACUGA